AUGGAGAAACUCGAAAGCUCGGGCAGGCCGUUGCGCAUUGCUGUUGACAUCGCCAUCUGGCAGUUUCAGACACAAGCUGCGCGAGGCGGAACGAAUCCUGCCAUCAGGACUCUAUUCUAUCGUCUGGUUCGACUUCUUGGUCUCGGAAUACAACCCAUCUUCGUCUUCGACGGCCCCCACAAACCGGCCUUCAAGCGUAACAAACGCUCUGGCAGAGGAGAUGGCGUUGCCACAGCCAUGGCAAAGAGAGCCAUCCGCUUGUUUGGGUUCCCCAUACAUGACGCACCGGGCGAGGCAGAGGCCGAAUGUGCCCUCUUACAACAGCAAGGAAUCGUCGAUGCCGUUCUGAGCGAGGAUGUUGACACCAUCAUGUUCGGCUGCACCCGAACACUCCGCAAUUGGACAGCAGAGGGAACCCGCGGGGCCAAAACGCCAACACACGUCAGUUUGUAUGAUGUCGAUGAACUGCUGUCCGCUGGAACAGGCUUGGACCGGGAGGGCAUGGUUCUGGUUGCACUGAUGAGUGGAGGCGACUACAUCCCUGAGGGUGUACCCGGCUGCGGAGUGAAGCUGGCCUGCGAGGCGGCAAAGGCCGGGUUUGGCAAAUCACUAUGCCGCCUCAAAAGCGACGACGACGUCCACUUCGAGGAGUGGAGGACUAAUCUGCGACACGAGCUCCGUACCAACGAGAGUGGCUUCUUCAGAGUACGACACAAGGCGCUGUCCAUCCCGGACGAAUUUCCGAGCCGACAGGUCCUGAGACACUACACCCAUCCGGUCGUUUCAAAUGCAACUACAGUCAACAAGCUGAAAACGGACGUCAGCUGGAGCCAGCAGAUGGACGUGCAAGGCCUUCGGUACUUUGUCGAAGAGACGUUUGACUGGGUGAACAAGAUUGGUGCUGUCAAGCUCACGCGGGUUCUCUCCCCCGGCUUGCUGCCAAAAUACAGAGGAGAUGGAGCAGGAAGAGUCGAGCUUGAUACAGCGCAUUACUGGAAGGCGGAGUCACCACAGCACUGA